GCCGGGGCUGCCAUGGCCGCGCUGGUGCUGCGAGCGGCGCCCAGGCUGCUGAGGGAACGGCGGGGCCCGCGGAGCCUCGGGGCAGCGGGGCCGGGACGGGCAUCACAGUGCUUUAUCAGAAGAACAUUUUUUGGAUGUCCUCUAACUAAGGAAGGUUCUGAUCUGGUUCAAAAGACUAAAGAUGUUUGUUUGAGGUUCUGCAGACCACAAAGUUCUACAGCAGCUGCUGGCAAAUCUGGAGAGGAUGCCUUGCUGAAAUGGGGCCUUCUCCUCGUCCCUCUGACCACGUUUGGUCUUGGCACAUGGCAGGUUCAGCGGCGCAAGUGGAAAUUAGAUUUGAUUGCACAGCUGGCAUCAAGAACCAGAGCAGAUCCCAUCCCUCUGACAUUAGACCCCAUGGAGCUGAAGGAGUUGGAGUACAGACCUGUGCAGGUGAGGGGGCGCUUUGAGCACUCCAAGGAGCUGUACCUGCUGCCCCGCUCCCUGCUGGACCCCCAGCGCGAGGCGCGCGAGGCCGGCAGGAUCUCGUCCCACCCGGAGAAUGGAGCCAACGUCAUCACCCCCUUCUACUGCACAGAGCUGGGGGUCACGAUUUUAGUCAACCGAGGAUUUGUGCCCAAGAAUAAACUGAAACCAGAGACCAGGCUGAAGGGACAGAUUGAAGAUGAGAUUAAUCUCACAGGGGUGGUGAGGUUAACAGAAAAAAGGAAACCCUUUGUGCCUGAAAACAACAUUGAACAAAACCGCUGGCACUACCGGGACCUGGAGGCCAUGGCCAAGGUGACCGGUGCUGAGCCCAUCUUCAUCGAUGCAGAUUUCAAAAGCACAGUCCCAGGGGGACCCAUCGGGGGCCAGACCAGGGUGAGCCUGCGGAACGAGCACAUGCAGUACAUUGUCACCUGGUACGGCUUGUGUGCUGCAACUUCCUUCUUGUGGUACAAGAAAUUUAUACAGAAGGUACCUCUGUGAGGGGAAGGAAGAAACAUCUUCGUGCUAGUCAAGAGCAGACUUUUAUGGAUGACAGGAGCCUGAUCAGUCCUAAAUACUUGAAGCACCUGGAAUUCCAGAGCAGUUUGAGCAAACAGGUUAUCAAGCUGCAAACAGACUUGAAGCAAUCCUGCGAACUGAGCUCCCACCAGUGUGAUUUGGCUGCAGCUUGGGAGCACUGAACUUCAAUAGUAAUCACAAAAAUACAUUUUUCUAUUGGGGUUGGUUGUAAACUACAUUUUAACAUCUCCAUUUUUUUUUCCUUAAAACAAAUCCAGAGGAUUUUGUCAGUCAGCCUAUUUGCAGCAAGUAGUCCUUCCUGAAGUCAGGAAUGGCUCACAGCAGCUGCAGCAGAAUAAAUAAAGGCCUUCAGGUCUUUGCUUUGUGACUUGCAUCGUGCAUCUUACAUGGAACAGCAGCAAAGCUGAAUUAGAGGGUACUGUGGAGACUCAGGUCUAGCUGGGGAAGGCAGCCUGUGGCUUUGCAAGAUGAGGGCUGGCAAAAACAAGCAACUGCCACAGCUGGAGCCUUGGUAGCCUCCAUCCACAGUGCCACAGACCAAGUGUGCACUCAGGAAACUUCUGAUUCUUCCCCCUUCAGCCUGCCCUUACUGCAAGGGGCACUGCAGGUGUGGAAGGCUGUACCACGGUGUGUAACCCAUACUGUAACCCAGUCCUAAGUAAGGAGAAAUCAAGAGCUAUUUCCAAUUUAGAUUUGCAAAACCAAGCCAGGCCUAAAGCCAGAACUAGCCCAGCCCAGUCAACUUCAAAAUCCCAUGUGCAGCUGAGCUGCUGGGCUGUGUGUUCAAGAGUAAAGUUACUCACUCCAAGGUAAGAAAUAACCAGCUCUGUGCAGCCAUUCUGCCCA